AUGUCUUCAAUUGUCCUGCCAUCUAGAGGAAGGUGCAUCCAGGUCAUUGGCAGCAUCCUGUACUGUCAAUGUCAAUGGUUCUUCCCUCCCGAGUCCCCCCUGCUAGACCAGACUGACCGGGGUUCGGUUCGGUGCAGGUGCGGUUCAAGGUGCACCGGGUUUGCACCUCCCGAUGCAGCAGCAGACAGAAAGUCGAGGCUGGAUGCUGUACAGCAGGGCGGGAUAGUUCUAGCAAUUAUAUCACCCAAUAAAUGUCAUUUAAGGCCAGAUAUGAGUGAACUCAUCAAUGAGUAUGACAUCACCAACGCUAACCAUGACUCAAUUCCAUCGCAAACGUGGCCAAAGGAGGUUCGGGUGCACCCAUCUGGCCUUGUUCGAACCUCGAACCUGCACCCACGUAGCUACAGCGAACCUGAACCUGCACCGCACCUGAACCUGAAGUUGUCCCAGAACAUCUGCGGACUCUGUGGACACGGUAUUCACGUGCACGUAGACUAUGUUUCGACGGUCGUCAAUCAUUAUCCCGCGAAUCAAUUCACCGCGUACGUCCAAAAGCCAUGGACUGUUUUGGACUUGUUCGGUCAGCGCAAUAACAGCCCUUCUCUCAGUGCUACCACGAGCAGCUACUACUCCAACGGCGCUAACACCGCCAUUCCCUUUACUCCCACACCUGUUUCCUCUCCUUCCAGUAGCACCUCAUCCGCUUUUCAACCGGAUACCACCCAGAACACGGGAAGCUAUAGCUCAGACGGCCGCUUUACUCAGUAUCCAGACCAUUUCAUUAGCUCACCUUAUGCUGGUCUGCCCGAGGGUAAUGCAACGAACGGGAGUUUCGAAUACCAGGAUUACGGGAAUCCGAUGCUCACACGGCGCUUGAUCCAUGGCAAAGACACCGUAAUCCAACAUUACCGACAGGGCAAUGUCGUUGGGAAAGAUGGCUCAGAGUUGACGGCGAACAAGCCUACAGAUGGUAUACACGAUGGUAACAGAAUGGCAUGCACCAAAGUCACCAAUAGCAGCGACGUAAUCCAGAUAGAAGCCAGGCGACGUAGGUCCGUAGCUGGCGACAGCACUAAACGAAUGAGGCACGGGAAAGGUUUUAGAUGGUCUCCAGAAUAUUCCAAUGAUACGAUGGUGCCGGUACCGUGGCAUGGGCCUGCUGGAGUGCAGAAAGUAACGAUAAGAUCUGCCGGAAUGGAGUCUAAGGUGCCAGUUGCAGAAGAAGAGGAAACGGAUGUAGCAGUGAGGGGAAUGCGCUUGGUGGUAAUGGAAGGUGAUGAAACCUCAGUCGGUUACCUCGAUUACACGAUUUUGGAAAAGGUUGUCAGGCACUUGGAUCUGAAUCGGUCCUCGAUGUUCUUGUUAGAGAGAGUGCUUGGUUACUUUGGUUACAAGGCACUUUUUUGA